AUGAUUGCUGGUGUGCCAGGAAAACUGGGGUUUAAAGGAGUGAAGGGCGAGCGAGGAGAUCCAGGGACACUUGGUAAACCGGGGAAGGACGGACUCUAUGGAGAGCUGGGAUUGCCGGGAGACCCUGGGGAUCGUGGGUAUCUGGGUCUUCCAGGUAUCGAUGGAGUCAGGGGGGAGAAGGGCGAGCCUGGCAUCCCCGGUCUUCCAGGAGAGGUAGUCUUCGUUGAUAGCUUCCUGAAGGGCCAGAGUGGGACUCCAGGGCCUCAGGGACCCCCAGGAUUCCCAGGACCUCAAGGAAUCAUUGGGUUUCCUGGAAUGCAGGGCGAUCAAGGUGUGGCUAUCCCUGGUCCCCCAGGCCCACAGGGGCCCCCUGGCUUCUCUGGACCUAAAGGAGAUAAAGGAGAGCCAGGGCCGGUCUACGUUGGUCCAACAGGAGAUGAUGGAAUUCCGGGAAGUCCUGGCAUUGAUGGUGAACCAGGAGAACCUGGAAUACCAGGUGAUAGUCUGCCUCCUGCAUAUUUCCUAUCAGGACCUGUUGGUCCUCCAGGAGCGAAAGGUCAAAAGGGGCUGAGGGGAUUUCCUGGACUCAGAGGGAAGGGAGGGGAGCCAGGUGAGAAGGGGGAGCCGUGCUUUAGCUGCCCUUUUCCUCUCAGCAUUCCAGCACAACCAGGUUUACCUGGAGAGCCAGGUGAAGACGGGCAGCCAGGUUUGGCUGGGUUUCCUGGACUCAAAGGUGACAGUGGUGUCAAAGGUAUCAGAGGACCGCCGGGGUCAGAGGGUCCAUUCGGUUUCCCCGGCACCCCAGGGGUUCCAGGACCUCCUGGUGACCCUGGCAUCAUGCGGAGAAUGGGGCUGAAGGGAGAGGUUGGGGACCCCGGGGAGCCAGGAGCACCAGGUUUGGUGGGGUUUGAUGGAACUCCAGGUGCAACGGGACCAAAAGGCGUCCUGGGACCAAAGGGAAACCCUGGGCCUCCAGGGGUAAAAGGUGAACGGGGCCUUUAUGGUGAAACUGGUCCUAGAGGACCAAUAGGACAGGUGGGGCCUCCAGGACCACCUGGAAUCGGGGCUCCAGGACCUCCUGGACCUAAAGGCAAUAUUGGAGUCCAGGGACCACGAGGAGAUCCUGGAGGGCCAGGAGAAAAAGGUUCUCAAGGGGAAGUUAGAACUUAUCCAGGAGACCUGGGACUGAAAGGAGAGAAAGGUCUACCAGGAAACCCCGGCCCUGAGGGACCUCCAGGUCGUCCAGGAUCUGUCGGUCCAAAUGGAGAAAAAGGGGAUGGAGGAUUUUCACUCCAGGGUCCUCCAGGCUUCCCAGGGGUCAAAGGUCAGGAAACAAGGGUGUUCCAGGAGCUCCAGGUUUACCAGGAUUUGGUAUUAAGGGCCGGGCCGGGCCAUCAGGCCCUCCAGGGAUGCCAGGCUCGAAGGGGGACAGGGGAUUUGGCUUUCCAGGUCAGCAGGGUCCCUCAGGCCCCCAGGGAGAAGAUGGCUUUGCAGGCCCACAAGGAGACCCUGGAUUCCAAGGGUCAACUGGAGCUCCAGGAGCUCCAGGACAAGAUGGACUUCCAGGACCUAAAGGUAAUAGAGGUCCAGAUGGUCCUCCUGGUCCUCCUGGUCCUUUUGGAAUAUGUAUCCCUGGAAAACCUGGUCCUGAUGGAGAGCCUGGACCGAGGGGAGUCAUUGGAUUCACAGGCAACAGAGGAAACGCAGGACCCCCAGGAGUCCCCGGUAAACCAGGAGAGGAUGGGAAAUCAGGAGAUGAUGGCCUUAAAGGACAGAAAGGUUUCAUCCAACAACUGUGAGCUGGGCGUGGAUGGAACAAAGGGUCCUCAGGGGCCUGCAGGACUUCAAGGAGACCGUGGAGCAACAGGACCCAAAGGAAUCCCAACGUCUGUGCCGGUGUACGGAGAACCCGGGGACCCGGGGAACCCUGGGGUCAUAGGUCUGACUGGUUUAAAAGGAGAGAGGGCCACCAUAGGCCCCCAGGGCUCAGAUGGAAGCAAUGGUCGAUCUGGAAAUCCUGGACCACCAGGCCCCCGUGGAGACUCUGGCAGUACUGGACUGACUGGCACUCCUGGUCCCUGUGGAGUCAUCGGUGACCGUGGAUUGAUGGGGAAGCCAGGCUGUAGAGGUGAGAAAGGAAUUCCAGGGCCUUGUGGAGCACCUGGUUUUAAUGGAAAACCAGGACCAGGAGGACCAAAAGGCCCUAAAGGAGAACCAAGCCUACCUGGACCAGGAGCCAAGGGAUUUCCAGGAGAGAAGGGGGAUGCAGGGUAUCCAGGACUUCAGGGCUUAAAGGGGACACCAGGGAACUUUGGAAACCCUGGUCCUCCAGGAGAAUGUGGCCCCUGUGGUCCUAAAGGAGAAGGUGGACCCUCAGGAUGCAGAGGACCUCCAGGGACUUCAGGUGAAAAGGGAUGUGAUGGUCCUCCUGGUACAAAUGGCCUCCCGGGGCCCACGGGCCUCACAGGAAACAAGGGCCCUCCUGGAGAUCCUGGUCAAGCUGGACUGAGAGGGAACCAGGGCCAGGAUGGGAUACCCGGCCCUCCAGGAGAGAAAGGAGCCAUGGGAGCCCCUGGGAUUGGCCCCCGAGGCCCAGAUGGGAAGAAAGGUCCAUCUGGGUGUGCUGGAGAGCCUGGUCCACUUGGUCCCUGUGGGCCUCCUGGUCCCCGGGGUCUUGAAGGAGACUCUGGUUGUGCUGGUCCUCCUGGACCCCCUGGUCCUCCUGGUUGUCCUGGCAAGGAUGGAGUUUGCAUUGAUGGAGUUAAAGGGGAGAAGGGAUUCCCAGGACUACGAGGACUCAAAGGUGCAAAGGGUUGCCAGGGUCCUCCGGGUCCUCCAGGUCCUGGUUUUAAAGGAGAGAAGGGAAAUAAAGGACCACCAGGUAACACAGGACCACUUGGUUUCCGUGGUGAACCAGGACAAGAAGGCAAGCCGGGUGAAGAUGGACCACCAGGCCCACCUGGACCAAAAGGCCUGAUGGGAUACAUCGGUGUACCAGGACCCAUGGGUCCAAAGGGCGUGGAUGGACUGCCAGGGAACUUUGGCUCACGAGGACCUCCAGGACCACCUGGGAGAAGAGGUCAGAGAGGGGAGGACGCAACUGUGGACGUGGAGCUUGUGCCAGGAGACCCAGGCUUACCUGGAUUACCAGGACUGCCAGGACAAAGAGGACCACCAGGGCCCAGAGGGAGGUCUGGAGGUCCAGGGUUUAAGGGAAUCAAAGGGAGGGCGGGGAGACGAGGAUUUGCUGGUCGACCUGGACUGAAAGGGGAGCAAGGAGAACCAGGGUUUCCCGGACUGAAAGGUAUUCCUGGUCUUCGUGGUCCGGUUGGUGCUAAAGGUUCUCGAGGGUGGCCUGGACCCAUGGGAGAUGUCCCAGAGCAUGACGGCUUCUUGUUCACCAGACACAGCCAGGAGCUCUUUAUCCCAGAAUGCCCUGCAGGAUCAAAUCAAGUUUACAAUGGAUACUCGCUGCUGUUUAUCAACGGGAACAACCGAGCGCACGGGCAAGACCUGGGUACACUAGGAAGCUGUCUGCCUCGUUUUACCACCAUGCCUUUCCUGUUCUGUAGCACUGACAGCACCUGCCGCUACGCCUCACGCAACGACUACUCCUAUUGGCUGUCCACGGACAAAGAACUGCCCGGCAGCAUGCCGUUCAUAUCUGGAGACCCACUGAAGAAUUACAUCAGCCGGUGUACUGUUUGCGAGGCCAGAGCCAAUGUGAUCGCCAUCCACAGUCAGACCAGAGAAACUGGGGUCGGGGCGGAGGGAUCUGGUCAGCCUCUUGCUUCUCCUGGAUCAUGCCUGGAAAACUUUCGGAAGAUUCCCUUCAUUGAGUGUCAUGGCAGAGGAACUUGCAACUACUACACUGACUCAUACAGCUACUGGCUGGCUGCUCUCAACCCCAACGACAUGUUCAGUAAACCGAAGCCUCAGACGGACACGGGAGCGUUUCCAGGCAGUCUGAUCAGCCGCUGUCGAGUGUGUAUGAAGCAGCUGUGAAUGCCACCACUGCUGACACAAGUGCUGACACGACUGUAAAUAUGACUACUACUGAUGGCGAUGGUGCUACACAGCAGCAGUGAGACGCCUUUCAGCUGAAUGCUAUGAAAGCUACGUGAUGAUAAUGAGCAGAGAUUCGCUGCAGUACUGACCUGUGAGAGGACAGACUGAUCUCAGCCUGCUGUUAACAGAUUUAUGCAGAAAA